UCUUUCAGACGAAUAUCAGUGAUAUAUUAAUUGCUGUCAACCCCUGCAAGCGGCUGAAGAUUUAUGACGAUGAGAUCCAUGAUAAAUACAAUGCUGACAAAUUCGGAACAGAUUUAGAGCCGCAUAUUUUUCAAGUCGCCGCAGCAGCAUACAGACGCAUGCGUGAAAAUGAUACAAAUCAGGUCAUCAUUGUUUCCGGGGAAAGUGGAGCCGGCAAGACAGAGAGCUCAAAAUAUAUGGUCAAACAUAUGGUACACAUGUGUCAGAAAGGAGAUAUGGUUUUACAUGAAAAAAUCGUGAAGAUCAACCCACUUUUGGAGGCUUUUGGAAAUGCAAAAACAAUAAUGAAUGACAACUCCAGUAGAUACGCUAAAUACCUGGAAAUCAGCUUCAAAGAAGGUGGCGAACUUGCUGGAGCGGUCGUUACAGACUACAUGUUAGAGAAAUCCAGGGUAGUUCAUCAAAAUAACGGAGAGAGAAACUUUCACAUAUUCUACGCAAUGUUUGCUGAAUGCACACAGGAAGUCCUUGAUGACCUCUUUCUGAAUGACCCAGUAGACAGUUACAGAAUAAUGCAGAGCGAUCAGUAUAACCUUGGUGAAACAGAACGAUUUAAGAAGAUGUAUUAUGACAGUAUGGAGAUAUUGCAAAAAAUUAAAGUUGUAAGUAAACACAAUUAUUCAUUUGAUAAAUGUAAAAUCUUCACAUAAGU